AUGAGGCUUCUCUGCGUAGCCGUGCUCGCGGGCAUCGUCAUGACCAUGCUGUGGACGACCCAUCAACACCGGUCAUCCCUCACCACCGACUACGAGACGCCCGACUUUGGGCGUCCCGGCGCCGCCAAGGAUAGGCACGGCAAAGCCGUGGUGGACCCGCAGGCUAUAAACGCGGACCGGCCCGCGGGAGGCGGUGCUGAGGCGGCGGAUAGCGAGGAGGUGACCGAUCGCUUGAAGGCGGCGGAGCAGGAGGCCAAGGGCAUUGCUCAGGCGAAGGCGCCCCUGAAGCCUGAUUCGCCGCGGCUUGUCGUGGGCGUGGGGAGCUCGGCUGAUGGCCAGGAUGCGGCGCUCAAGCAGCACGACGGGGACGGAGAACCUAAGGGAGCUGCGGCGGGCGGUUCGGAGACGGAGGAGGAGCACAAGGCGGAGCAGGAGCUCCGGUCUAUUCUAAAACGGGCGCCAGUCAUAAUAUUCUCCAAGACGUACUGCGGAUUCUCUAGACGCGCAAAGGCCCUCCUCCUAGAGAGGUACGUGAUUGACCCGCCACCUCACGUUGUCGAGCUGGACGUGCACCCUCUCGGCCCCGAGCUUCAGGAUCUGCUCAAGGAGACCACGGGCCGAGGCACUGUCCCCAACAUCAUGAUCAACGGAGUCAGCAUUGGCGGCAGCGAUGAUAUUGCCGAUCUCGACCACGGCGGCGCGUUGGUAACCAAGAUACAAGACCUUGGCGAGGCGAGAAUGGUGUCGAUGAAGCUACGCGUGUAA